UGCGGAGUUAACAGAAUGCAAGUCGCCCGCCAAACGAAGGAAUGUGUCUCCUCCCGCUGCAGGACUUCGUCUGUCCGCCUGAGGCCUCCCGGGGACGGAAGGGGCCGGGAGCCCUUUGGCUCUGGUUUGCGCGGCCCGCGGCCCGCCCCGGAGGGCGGAGGCAGGGCUUCGCGGAAGGUCAUUGGCGCCCGUGCUCCGGGGCGGUCUGACGCUCACCGCGUGCCCGACGCGCUCUCUCUUCGCCCGCAGUCCCGAGGCUCGGCCCUGCAGCCGCCGCUCCGAGCUCAGUCGCAAGGAAGCCAUGGCGAUGUCCAGGGGCCGUCUGUACCUUUGGAUGUGCUUGACUGCAGCCGUGGCCUCCUUCCUGGGGGGAUUCAUGGGUGGUUUAUUAAACCUCUCAAAGAAACAGCCACUUCACUGCGCUAUCACCAAGGUCUACGGUGGAAACUGGUAUCCGAGAUGAAAGCCGAAAAUAUUAAGUCAUUUCUUCGUUCUUUUACAAAGCUCCCUCAUCUGGCAGGAACAGAACAAAAUCUACUUCUUGCCAAGAAAAUCCAAGCCCAGUGGAAAAAAUUUGGACUGGAUUCAGCCAAGCUGGUUCAUUAUGAUGUUCUCCUGUCUUACCCUAAUGAGACAAAUGCCAACUAUAUAUCAGUCAUGGAUGAACAUGGAAUUGAGGUUUUCAAAACAUCAUACUUUGAGGCACCACCAGAGGGAUAUGAGAAUGUUACAAAUAUUGUACCCCCAUAUAAUGCUUUCUCAGCCCAAGGCACGCCAGAGGGAGAGCUUAUUUAUGUAAACUAUGCUCGGACUGAGGAUUUUUUCAAAUUAGAAAGAGAGAUGAACAUCAACUGCACUGGAAAGAUUGUUAUUGCACGAUAUGGAAAAAUCUUCAGAGGAAAUAAAGUUAAAAAUGCCAUGUCAGCCGGCGCCAUAGGCAUCAUCUUGUACUCAGAUCCAGCUGACUACUUUGCCCCUGAGGUGCAGCCAUAUCCCAAAGGGUGGAACCUUCCUGGCACUGCAGCCCAGAGAGGGAAUGUGUUAAAUUUGAAUGGUGCUGGUGACCCACUCACUCCAGGCUAUCCAGCUAAAGAGUACACCUUUAGACUUGAUGUUGAAGAAGGUGUGGGAAUUCCUAAAAUCCCUGUACAUCCCAUUGGAUAUAAUGAUGCGGAAAUAGUAUUACGGCAUAUGGGAGGAAUUGCUCCGCCAGAUGAGAGCUGGAAGGGAGGCCUUAAUGUGGAUUACAAUAUCGGGCCUGGCUUUAUGGGGCAUGUCAGGAAGGUUAGAAUGCAUGUUUAUAACACCAAUAAAAUUACAAGGAUUUACAAUGUAAUUGGAACUAUCAGAGGAUCUGUGGAACCUGACAGGUAUGUUAUUCUGGGAGGUCACCGGGACUCCUGGGUGUUUGGAGCUAUUGACCCAACUAGUGGGACCGCUGUUUUGCAAGAAAUUGUCCAGAGUUUUGGAAAACUAAAGAGUAGAGGCUGGAGACCUAGAAGAACUAUCAUUUUUGCUAGCUGGGAUGCAGAAGAAUUUGGACUUCUGGGUUCCACAGAAUGGGCUGAGGAGAACACAAAAAUACUCCAGGAGAGAAGCAUUGCUUAUGUAAACUCAGAUUCAGCUAUAGAAGGCAAUUACACUCUCAGAGUCGACUGUACACCCCUUCUUUACCAACUGGUGUAUAAACUGACAAAAGAGAUCUCCAGUCCUGAUGAUGGUUUUGAGAGUAAAUCUCUUUAUGAAAGCUGGUUGGAAAAGGACCCUUCACCUGAAAAUAAAAAUUUUCCUAGAAUCAGCAAGCUAGGAUCUGGAAGUGAUUUUGAAGCUUAUUUUCAGAGGCUUGGUAUUGCUUCAGGCAGAGCCCGUUACACCAAGAACAGGAAAACAGAUAAGUACAGCAGCUACCCGGUGUACCAUACAAUUUACGAGACAUUUGAAUUAGUAGAGAAUUUUUAUGACCCUACAUUUAAAAAACACCUUUCUGUGGCACAAUUACGAGGAGCGCUGGUUUAUGAACUUGCAGACUCUAAAAUCAUUCCUUUCAAUAUUCAAGAUUAUGCAAAAGCUUUGAAAAUCUAUGCAGCAAGUAUCUACAACUUAUCCAAGAAACACGACCAACAAUUAAGAGACCAUGGAGUAUCAUUUGAUUCCUUAUUUUCCGCUGUGAAAAACUUCUCAGUGGCUGCUUCAGAUUUUCAUAGAAGACUUACACAAGUUGAUCUUAAUAGUCCCAUUGCAGUGAGAAUCAUGAAUGAUCAACUGAUGCUCCUGGAAAGAGCAUUCAUCGAUCCCCUGGGUUUACCAGGGAGGAAGUUCUAUAGAACCAGGGCUCCUUGGAGAAAUGGCCGACUGGAGCAUCCUGAAGUGCCCAGAAAGUAAGCAGUGAUAAAAAACAACAAAAACAAACCAACAAUGACAGCACAGGGCUACUACAAAGGAACAAAGCCAACUGAGAAGUCCACGAUAAUCAAAGUUGGAACAACUUGACAAAAUAAAUACUGGAUCAUAACAAAGUUAUGAGUCCAUAUUGACUAGAUACAUGACUAAAUGAAUUAAUUAGAAGAGUUAUUCUAAUAACUCCCAUGCACAAAAAUUGUUAUUUAUGUAAAUGCACUGCUCUCAAGAGGUGGAACGUAACUUCCCAUUCUUUUUUGAGUGUGGGCUGCACAUACUGACAUCCUUCUAAAUAAGGAUAAAAGGUAAAUGAAUAACUUCAGUUAAAAAAACUGACAAACACUACAUUAGCCAGGUGUUCAAAGUAAGUCAUGUUAACAGUAUGGACCCUUGAUACUACCAAUGACAAUGGCACUUCACAUCUGUGAUUAUUUCUCAAAACAUGUAACGGUAAAAACAUCAGACAAAUCCCAGUUGACGGUAAUUCUACAAAAUACCUGACCAGUACCUCCUCAAAACUGUCAAAAUCAAGAAGAGCCUGAGGAGAGGAGACUUGACUAAAUGUAAUGAGGUAUCCUAGAUGGGAUCCUGGAA